AUGCGUUCUGCUACGACGUGUCUGAAAGGCCUGCGGGCCUACUCGAAAUACGGCUCGAACCACGCCGCCCUCUUUGCACGGGCUUUCUCGGCGACAGCCCGGCGUCCCCGGAUCGACAAGGUGCUGCCGUCAGCGACGGAGGCCAUCAAGGACAUGAAGCCGAACAGCAUCGUGCUUGUGGGCGGGUUUGGGCUGGCGGGCGUGCCAGACACGCUGAUCAAAGCGGUGCUGGAGAAGUCGGACAUCAAGGGCCUGACGGCAGUGUCGAACAACGCAGGCACAGACAACCACGGUCUCGGCAAGCUGCUGCAAUCGAAGCAGGUGUCCAAGAUGAUUGCAUCGUACAUUGGCGAGAACAAGACGCUGGAGCAGAUGUACCUCACGGGCGAGAUAGAGCUGGAGCUGACGCCACAGGGCACGUUGGCAGAACGCUGCGCGGCCGGCGGACGGGGCAUUCCGGCCUUCUUCACGCCAGCAGCUCUGGGCACGGUGGUGCAGACGGGCGAGCUGCCGCUGCGCAACAACCCAGACGGCACGCCGCUGCAGUUCUCGAAACCCAAGGACGUGCGCGUGUUCAACGGCAAGCCGUACCUGCUGGAGGAGAGCAUCGCGGCAGACUACGCGUUUGUCAAGGCAUACAAGGCGGAUCGGCUGGGCAACUGCCAGUUCCGGCUGGCGGCACACAACUUCAACGGGGCGAUGGGCCGCAAUGCCAAGAUGACGAUCGUGGAGGCCGAGCACAUUGUGGAGCCGGGCGAGAUCCCGGCAGAGGCAGUGCACCUACCGGGCAUCUACGUGAAGCGGGUGGUGCAGAGCACGGCGACUAAGGAGAUUGAGAAGCACGUGUUCACGCUCAGCCCGGAGGAAGAGGCCGCAGAGCUGCAGAAGGCGCUGGGCACGGGGGCGACGGCAGAGAAGCGCAACCGGAUCGUGCGGCGGGCAGCAAAGGAGUUCAAGAACGGCAUGUACGCGAACCUGGGCAUCGGGAUGCCGAUGCUGGCGCCCAAGUUUGUCGGGCCCGAGAUCGAGGUGCAGCUGCAGAGCGAGAACGGCAUCCUAGGACUGGGGCCGUACCCGCGACGCGGCGAAGAGGACGCGGACCUGAUCAAUGCCGGCAAGGAGACGGUGACGCUCAAGGACGGCGCCUGCGUCUUUGGCAGCGAGGAGAGCUUUGGCAUGAUCCGCAGCGGUCGCAUCGACCUGACCAUCCUGGGCGGCAUGCAGGUCAGUGCCUCGGGCGACCUGGCCAACUGGAUGCUGCCCGGCAAGGUCAAGGGCUUUGGCGGCGCCAUGGAUCUGGUCAGCAACCCGUCCAACACCAAGGUCGUCGUUACUAUGGAGCAUACCGAUCGCAAGGGCAACCCGAAGCUGGUCAACCAGUGUGCCUUUCCGCUGACCGGCAAGGGCUGCGUGUCCAUGGUCAUCACAGAGCUGGGCGUCUUCAACAUCGAUGCCAAGACUGGCCUCACCCUUAGCGAGAUUGCCGACGGUGUGACUGUCGAGGAGAUCCGCAGCAAGACGGGCGCGCCAUUCCACGUGGCCGAGGACUUGAAGCCGAUGCUACACACAGACUUGGGCUGGGACCUACGAGGUCAAGACUGGACGCCCUUGACACGGUUCCCACGGCCGUCCCGCGGCCCCAGAUCGCUGGCCGUGAUGGCACUGGAACAUGUGGCCCACGGCAUCGGUCAGCUGGGCUCUGGACACGUGGGCGGUCUCUCUGUGCAGUCGGCUGACAGGCUGCGCAUGCUGUUGUCCAGCCGCGGCGAAUUGUCUCUCCAUGCGUGGAAAUUGCUGUUGCGCCAUCUGCCAGAUCCGGCGUAUCACGAGGAUGAGCUGGAUUCUGUCCGCUGGCGGUACUGUCUUGUCUGUCCUCGGCCGCAGAGCCAGCUGUGUGUCUUCACGCGUCCGCUCGGCGCGCCCGCGGUCGAGUUUAUCGCCCACCUACGCAUCACGACGUCGUCCGACAACGCUCUCUUUGGCACUCACGAGCUACUUGCUCUGGCCGCGCUGCCGAACCUCGGCGUGCUCGAGAUUCUUGACAGCAGCAGCAGCAGCAGCAGCAGCAGCAGCAGCAGCAAUAUCGGCACGCACGAAGUCUCCGACCGUCUCAUCAAGGGCUGGAGCCUGUGUCCGGACCCGUUCCCCGCGCUUUGUGUCCUUAGGCUCUGGGGCUGCUACGACACGCUGACGCCGGCAUGCCUGUCGUCUGCGACCUGCCUGCCGGUCCUCGCUGUCCUGGACCUGUCCGUUGGCAACUACCAUACGGCAGGCUGGCGCGACGGGUCAGAGCCCGCGGCUGCAGCGUUCGGCUGGAGGUGUUCUGCGCCGUCCUGCCAACGCGGGCUGCCGGGGGAUGACAGCCUUGUGCGCAUGCUGCACGCUACUCUAGGCACGUCGGACGACAGCCUGGACAGAGAUGCUGGAUCCCGAGGACGAGGCGGCGAGCGGGACGAUCAACUAGCCGACAUGACCUCUGCAUGGGCUUUCGAGCUUUACUCGUUUUUACGGGCGCAGGGCUACUCGCUCGACCAGGCGACAUUCCCGACCGUCCGGCCGUUUGCCACGCUGAGCCUCGGCCAGGACCGGACAACGAGACCGGGACCGGCUGAUGAACGCCUGCUCUUCGUGCGCACACCCGCAUCGAUCCGGGCUCACACGGCACAGGCAGAGAUGCAGCGAAAAACCGACGCCACAUCGUCUAGGCAAGCUACGAGAAAACGGCCGAACAAUACCCAGCAACCGCGGCUGAGAGCCAAGAAGAGCAGGGGCGCCAACGUACGCGACAUGCUUGCAUCCCUGAGCGGGGGGGUAGACAGCUGCAAGAACAAGUCACGAAUGGAUGUAUCAACAAUUCAAAUUUCUCUAGGCGCCACUCCAGACAAAAGUCCGUAA